UUCAUCCACAACCGCACCGCGCGACAGCUGACGAGAGCAUCAAUGACCGACCGCUCAGGCUGGACUGCGAUACUCCCGCCAGUGCAAUUAAUGCUUCGGUCCUCAACCGGUAAGCUCGCUAAGCAGGCUAGGCUUCCGAGUCAAGACGCGACAAGGCCUGACCGUAACCGGCCUUCCAAUGCUUAACACCCCUUGACACUUCCUUCGCGGUUCAAGUGCUUUAUAUCUUGCUGUGUCCCCAUCGAGCCAUUCGAACGUCCUUUUGCUCUGAUUCCUUUUGGCCUGGUCAUUUUCGUUACCAACAACGCAUCUCACUUCCCAUCUACCUCCCGACGUUCGCCCAUCAUGAUUCCUCAAUCCCUCGUCGCUCUCCUCUCAUUACCGCUCCUUGUCUCUGCGCAUUUCCACAUCCUCUACCCAACACCCCGAAGCGAUGAGGACGAAAGCGAGGGCAAGUUCCCCUGCGGUGGCUUCGCCAUCAGCGACAAUCGCACCGUGGUCUCGAGUUCCGCGUUUCCAGUUGCGCUCGAAAUGGGCCAUGACCGCGCCGUCGUGCAAAUGCUUCUAGCGCUGGGCAACGACCCGGGCGACCACUUCAACAUCACGCUGGAACAGACCCUGCAGGAACAAGGCGAGGGAAGCUUCUGUCUACCGUCGGUGCAAAUCCCGGCGGACCUGAACAUCACGGAUGGCACAAACGGCACUUUACAGGUCAUCACGAAUGCAGAGGGCGGUGGCGGCCUCUACGUGUGCGCCGAUUUGACCUUCACCUCAUCUCCCACCAUCCAGUCCCUCCCCAGCGCGUGCUCCAAUGGAACCGGAGUUACUGCUUAUCCUCUGUCUUCCAAAAUCAACGCCAACGAGUCAAAUGCUGAUGGCUCGCCUCAGAGUGGCUCCGGUUCCAGCUCCAGCUCAGGCUCGUCUGCCUCAUCUACCGGCUCGAGUGCGACCGGUACUGCGAGUGGCGCUACGACCUCCCAGACCGGCAACAGCGCCGCGAUGUUCACGGCUGGCUGGGGUGUUUUGGGAGCUGCCGUUCUCGGCGCGGUGGCCCUGAUUUGAUUUCGAUUUCCAUACAGCGAUGCAACGUCCUGCAUCUGGACAGUUUCUGCAAGCAGCACAUUGUCAACCAGCAUCAACAGCUCUACUGAGAUAGCCUCCAUCUACAAACGCUGCAUCGAGUUCUUUUUCUCCAGACGUGCCGCGUCCAUGUUACACAUUGAAGCUCUGACUUGAGUAUGUAGCGACAAAUAGUAUAAAGGACCAAGUCCUUUCAAGGCCACGUCUCCACCAAAUUCCACUCUCCUAUAGAUUCACUUGGCUGCGGACCCCCAGGUCCUCCCACUUCUUCGGCCAAUGUCCAUACCUGGCGCGUGCAGUUGGCAGGAUCGCUGAGAUCGACCGCCUCUACUUGCUCAGGGGUAAUGAUACAGACUCUGAAAUUCC